GGCUCGGCGGCGGCAGACCCGCGUGUGCAGCCCGCAAGGACCUGCGCGUGUCCUCCAGUCUGUAGCUGCGAGCUUACUGGAGCGGGUCACCAUCCUUCCCAAGACGUGCUGUCCUGCGCCCGCAACCAUGUGCCGCACCCUGGCCGCCUUUCCCACCACCUGCCUGGAAAGAGCCAAAGAGUUCAAGACGCGUCUGGGGAUCUUUCUUCACAAAGCAGAGCUGGGCUCUGAUACUGGCAGUGUUGGCAAGUUCGAGUGGGGCAGUAAACACAGCAAAGAGGGUAGAUGCAUCUCCGAAGAUGUGCUGGGGUGGAGAGAGUCCUUCGACUCAUUGCUGAGCAGUAAGAAUGGAGUGGCCGCCUUCCACGCCUUCCUGAAGACAGAGUUUAGUGAGGAGAACCUGGAGUUCUGGCUGGCAUGCGAGGAGUUCAAGAAGAUCCGAUCAGCUGCCAAACUAGCCUCCAGGGCUCACUGCAUCUUUGAUGAGUUCAUUCGCAGCGAAGCCCCUAAAGAGGUGAACAUAGACCAUGAGACUCGGGAACUGACAAGGACGAACCUGAAGGCUGCCACAGCCAUGUGCUUUGACGUGGCACAGGGAAAGACACGCACCCUCAUGGAGAAGGACUCCUAUCCACGCUUCCUGAAGUCGCCAGCCUACCGGGACCUGGCUGCCCAAGCCUCUGCCACCUCCGCCUCUGCAUCCAGCUGCAACCUGGCUGAGCCCUCGCAUACCUGAACCUCCAGGGCAGUGAAGAAGCCAGCAGGAAGAGAGGUGGAGUCACCCAUCCCUGAGGCGGCUGCCCCGGUCGGAGAGGCAGGUUCUGUCCAGCAAGUGCAAGGGGACAGUGGAGGGGAAGUGGCCCAGCAGCCUAGUGGAACACCCACUCCUCCAGAUACUAUGGGCCAUGUGUGAGAACAACCCUCACGCCUGGGACCUGGGGCUAAGGUCUGGGGACAAACCGGGGUGCAGCUGUUAGCCCUGGCUCUUGAGCUUCCCUCUGGGGGCAAGGGCAGAUUCCAGGGAAACUUGAAAAGGCGAGAGGAAGACAAUCAGAAGUUUGCCUGUGGAUCAGUUGACUUUGCUCACCUCUUGGUUCCCUAAUUCUCUGAUGGCUCAGAAGGAGCCCGGUUACAGAAUCUUCCUGAUCCGCCCUGCUCAGCAGUCCCCAUCCCAGAUCACCCCAGGGCACCUUGGCUUCAGCUUCCUAAUGCUCCCCCAUGUCCCUCCUUGCAGUCUUUUCAAGGUCAGCAAGUCCAAGAUUCCUGCCCAGAAUAACAUAUAUAUACCUCAAAGACUGGCCCAUGAAUCCCAAGAAGGGGCCACCUUGUGCAUGUGAACACAGCCUGUGCUCUUGGUGGCCUCAUGCAGGUGGCCCCAGCUCUGUGUGAGCAGCAGUUCCACCUAUGAGCAGGCUGCUGACUCUGUGAGCCCUUGGAAGUGAGGCCCAGGGGGAGAGGUGAAGGCCUUGGGGAGCAGGGAAUGAGGGGGAACGGGAUCAAAAGAAACAAAUCUCUUGGCAAACCCCAAAAGUCCUGCAGAAACCAAACCACUAUUUUUUGUGGGCCUGAGCAGGGAUAAAGAGAUGCCUCAGGGUGGAAGAGGAGCCUUGGGUUUCUUUCCUGUGGAUUUGAGAUGCAUGCUGGAGCGUUGGGAGAGACGGGCGGAGACUGAGAUGACCCCGGAGCAGAGUGGAGAGGCUGAGACUGAAGCUGGGGCUUGGGGCUGCUCAAAAGGGCAAGGCUGGGAUGGUCGGAGCCGGCUGCCUGCUCCGGUCUCACCAGACAAGAUAUUCUGAGCUGAGACUCCCAGCUGCAGAGCCGGGACAGGGAGACAGUGUACCUGGACAGCGCCCUCUAGUGCAGGGCUGGCCACCACUGCCCUCUGUGCACUUGAACUCCUCUGGGCGAGAAUUAUUUAAGUAUAACGUUUUGGCGAUAUGCCGAGUGUCAUGUAUUAUUUUUGUUAUUGUUGUUGAUUGUCAUUAUGUGUUAUAUAUUUUUUGUUAUCAUUAUUGUCCUUGUUAUUUAUUAUUAUGAUUCAUUUUCUCCAUGGGAGAAUCUUAGCAGGAGUUGCUGCCUGAUUGUCCCCCUCCACCAGACUCUACCUCUGAAUGUGCUGGGAGCCACUUAGGGGCUGUCAGGAAUGCAUCACUGUUUAAAUAUUUAUUUAUUGUUGACCAAGGGAACUGGGUUCCUUGAUAUGAGUGAUGUAUGCAGUCUCUGUCAGCAUGCUAUAUUCUUAUAAAAUAAAAAUAAAACUCA